AUAAGUCCGCAUUGACAACUUGUACAUGUGAAUACUUCAAGUGACACACAAAGGUCAGGGUUGAACGCAAAGCUCCCACUUUUGGAGAGGUCAUGAAGGCAGCGCAGUAUAGUGAAUGAUGCGCUGCUGCAGCUGAGUCGUGCUGCAUACACGUGUAGAGUCAAUGUGUGGAUGGAUGAGUGUGUUCAUACACAGUAGCUCAAGGUGUCUGCUUACUAUCUGGCCUUAGAAAACUAUCCUGUAAGCUGUUUCGUCGGUGAGAAAGCGUUUUAAGAGGAAGAACUAUUUUGACACCAGAGCACAAUGAUGAAGUAUGUCCUUGUAACUGGAGGGGUCAUCUCCGGUAUUGGCAAGGGCAUCAUUGCCAGCAGCGUGGGCACGCUCCUGAAGUCAUGCGGCUUAAACGUGACCGCCAUCAAGAUCGACCCUUACAUCAACAUCGACGCUGGCACAUUUUCUCCCUAUGAGCAUGGUGAAGUGUUCGUGCUGGACGACGGGGGCGAGGUGGAUUUGGAUCUGGGGAACUACGAGCGCUUCCUGGACAUCCGGCUGACCAAAGACAACAACCUGACCACCGGCAAGAUCUAUCAGUCUGUCAUCAACAAGGAGAGGAGAGGAGACUACCUGGGAAAGACCGUGCAGGUGGUGCCGCACAUCACAGAUGCCAUCCAGGAAUGGGUGGUGAAACAGGCCAGAGUCCCCGUUGACGACGACGAUGUGGAACCUCAAGUUUGCGUCAUAGAGUUAGGAGGCACCGUGGGAGACAUCGAGAGCAUGCCGUUCAUCGAGGCCUUCAGGCAGUUCCAGUUUAAAGUGAAGAGAGAGAACUUCUGUAACAUCCAUGUCAGCUUGAUACCACAGCCCAGUGCAACAGGAGAGCAGAAGACCAAACCAACACAGAACAGCGUCAGAGAGCUCAGAGGACUGGGUCUGUCCCCUGAUCUGAUCAUGUGCCGCUGUUCCACCGCUCUGGAGAACUCCGUCAAAGAAAAGAUCUCCAUGUUCUGCCACGUAGAACCCCAACAGGUCAUCUGCGUCCACGACGUGUCGUCCAUCUACAGAGUGCCGCUACUGCUGGAGGACCAGGGCGUGGUGGGCUACCUCAGCAAGAGACUCAACAUGCCCAUAGAGACCAGACCCAGGAGGAUGCUGACUAAAUGGAAGGAGAUGUCUGACAGGUCAGACAGACUGUUAGAACACUGCUCUAUAGCUCUGGUUGGGAAGUACACCAAGUUCUCUGACUCCUAUGCUUCUGUCAUCAAGGCACUGGAGCACUCAGCUCUGGCCAUUAGUCACAAAUUGGAGGUUAAGUAUAUAGACUCGGCGGAUUUGGAGCCAAGCACUCUGCAGGACGAGCCGGUGAAAUACCACGAGGCCUGGCAGAAGCUCUGCAGCGCUGAUGGCAUCCUGGUUCCUGGAGGUUUCGGCGUCCGAGGAACCGAAGGAAAGAUUCAUGCCAUCAACUGGGCGAGAAAACAGAAAAAACCUUUUCUAGGUGUGUGUCUUGGAAUGCAGUUAGCUGUGUGUGAAUUUGCCAGAAACGCAAUCGGCUGGAAAGAUGCCAACUCCACUGAAUUCGACCCGGAAUCAAAGCAUCCUGUGGUGAUCGAUAUGCCAGAACACAACCCCGGGCAGAUGGGUGGCACCAUGAGGCUCGGGAAGAGACGGACCAUCUUCAAGACGGAGAGCAGCGUACUGCGCAAGCUUUAUGGAGAUGCAGAGUAUGUGGAUGAAAGACACAGACAUCGCUUUGAGGUCAAUCCUGAGCUGAAGGGUAACUUUGAAGAGAAGGGCUUCCGCUUCGUAGGUCAAGAUGUUGAAGGGGAAAGAAUGGAGGUCAUAGAGCUGGACGAUCAUCCAUAUUUUGUCGGAGUGCAGUACCACCCCGAGUUCACCUCUCGCCCCAUUAAGCCAUCACCCCCUUAUCUUGGUUUGCUGCUGGCUUCUGCUGGGAAGCUCCAGAGUUACUUACAGAAAGGCUGCCGUCUGUCUCCACGGGACACAUACAGUGAUCGCAGCGGCAGCAGCACUCCAGACUCUGAGAUAGAGUUAAAAUUACCUUCCAUCUCAAAUGAAUGACGGGGAGGUAUAGAAGGAUAUUUUUACAAUUUCACUGCAUGUCUCACUUUCAAUAAGUACCAUUUUCCCCAUUCCAUAGUGUUGUAGACAAUUCUGGAGUUGAGACUUGACUGUUCAAGGCUGAUUUUUCUAAAAUAAAGACAACUGAAGUUCCAGUCCUGAAUGAACUUAAACAUUUCAUCUCUACUGUCUGAAAAUUCACACUGAGGCCUCAGGAAGUCACUUGACUGCCUCUGAUGCCAAAACCUGGUCCACCUUGACUGUUGUGGCCUUAUUGUAAAUAAGUACUGCUACAUGGAGCUAAAACUGUUUCAGCUUGAGCAAAAACAUGUCUAGUUUUCUUUCAAAAUGUGACUA